AUGCCAAUUUCUAAUGAAAUAAAUAAUAAUGAACUUGACCUCUCAUCAAAUCGAGAUAUUGAGAAGCAUGAAACAGAUCAUAAUGAAGCUCCUACAGAUCCCAUAGCUCCCAUGAGGAAUUUUUAUGUAAUCGCAUGCGGAUAUUUGCUUUUCACAUUAACAGAUUCAGGAUUAAGAAUGAUCGUUUUGUUAGAACUAUUUAAUCGAGAGUUUGAUGCGUUGCAAAUAUCUUUAAUGUUUACUCUAUAUGAAUUUUUUGGUGUGGUUACAAAUCUAGUUGGCGGUAUUCUUGGAUCUCGACUAGGUUUAAGAUUUUGUCUUCUCGUAGGACUUUUAUCGCAAGUAAUAGGAAUCGGAAUACUUUGUGGUUUACAAUCAAGUUGGAGUAAAACUGUUGUAAUAAUAUAUAUUAUUAUAGCUCAAGGGUUUAGCGGUAUUGCUAAAGAUAUGGUAAAAUUAGGAGGAAAGUCUGUAACUAAAUUAGUAACAAAAGAAGAAGGUGCACAUCAAUCAAAGCUUUUUAAAUUGGUGGCUUGGCUUACAGGUGCAAAGAAUUCGGUUAAAGGUGCAGGCUUCUUUUGGGGAGCUUUUUUGUUAAGGUUUACGGGAUAUAUACCAGCUUUAUCAGUUUUAUUGGUAAUGAAUUUGAUCGUAAUUCCACUCGCUUGGUUUUUUCUUGAUCGUACCCUGGCCGUCAGCAAAUCGAAAAAAGAGUUGACGCUUAAAGAAAUUUUUAAUAAGGGAAGAGAUGUAAAUAUCUUGUCAUUAGCCAGGAUGUUUUUAUUUGGAUCACGAGAUUUGUGGUUUGAAGUUCCAAUACCCUUGUAUUUGAGAGGUACAGUUGAAUGGUCAUAUCUCGCCACAGGGGCAUUCUUAGCAGGAUGGGUGAUGUUUUAUGGCGCCAUUCAAUCAAGUACACCUCAAUUAAUUUUAAAACCAAUUCGAAUUUAUCCAAUAAAGUCAGGAAAACUUCUUGUUCCAUUCACCAUUGCUCUUCUAGUCGUAAUGAUUGGAAUCGCACUUGGACUUCAAUUUAUCAAUGUUUUAACACAACGUACAGCUUUGGUUGUAUUACUUAUUGUUGGAUUAUUUACCUUUGCAUUUAUUUUCGCGGUAAAUUCUUCAAUUCAUUCGUUCCUUAUCUUAGCAUAUUGUCAUAGAGAUAAAGUUGCCAUGAAUGUUGGAUUUUAUUAUAUGGCAAAUGCUUUAGGAAGGUUAAUUGGGCUGAUUGUUGGUGGGAUAUUAUUUAACUAUAUUUCAUUGGCAGCCUGUUUAUGGUUUUCAUCCGGGGCUCUCGUUUUAUGUACCCUAACCAGCUUUUUCUUGGGACCUGUACCUGAAGAGGAAUUAAAAUAA